AUGGCUUCCGUGGACGAGAAGCCGACCGCUAUCGGCAUGGAGCAUGUGUCCGACACUUCGAUCGACCACGCCGUGGCGUAUGAGGAGGGCAAGGAGGCUGGCCUAAGCGAGGCUCACAUCUGCACUGAGGCAGACAGCAAACGCAUUCUGCGCAAGACCGACAUUUGGAUGCUGUCGCUCCUUUGCAUGGUGUACUUCCUGCAAUCCGCCGACAAGGGAAUCAUUGGUUUGACGGCCGUCUAUGGUCUGAAGGAGGAUGCCCAUCUCAAGGGCAACGACUACUCAAACAUCGGCAACAUCGGAUACUAUGCGCAACUCGGUGUGCAGCCUUUGGCCGCCUGGAUCCUCGUCAAGCUGCGAUACCGCCACGUUCUUCCCGUCAUCAUCACAUGCUGGGGUAUUUCAGUUGCCGGUGGCCUCGGUGGUUCUAGGAGUUACGCCGGGCUGCUCGCAUCGCGAUUCUUCCUCGGUGCCUUUGAGGCUAUGGUCGUUCCCCUGUUCUCGAUGAUCACCAUUGCCUUCUACAGGCGUUCCGAGCAGCCAUUCCGCGUGGCUUGCUGGUACAGCUGCUAUGGUCUUAGCACCGUUCUCAGUUCACCCAUCGUUUACGGUUUCGCGCAGAUAAACUCGUCCUCGCUGUACCGCUACCAGAUGGUAUAUCUCUUCUUCGGGCUCUUGACUAUCGUAAUUGGUCUUAUCACAUACUGGUGGGCCCACGAUAGCCCCGGCGAGGCUCGAUUCCUGACACCGGAGGACCGCUUGAAGGCUGUUGACCGAGUGAAGGCGAAUCAACAGGGUAUCGUCUCGCACAAGUUCAACUGGAAGCAUGUCGCCGAGGCCUUGUCUGAACCCAAGUACUGGCUGUACAUGAUCAUGGUCAUCGCUGUCAAUGCUGGUGCGUCGGUCUCUUCGGUCUUCGGCUCCAUUAUCUUGAAGAAUCUGGCUGGAUUCAGUUCGGACGAAGCUGUCUUGCUGAAUAUGCCUUUCGGAGCGCUCCAGGUCGUUUCCAUUCUUGGUGCGUCAUGGCUCGCAUACCGUUUCAAGCGCAAGUCGCCAUUCUUCCUCGGCUUGGUUACCAUCGUCAUUGUUGGUGUUGCUCUUUUGGUUGCGCUUCCGAAGACUCCGGAUAACAAGGGUGGUCUGCUCGCAGGUUAUUAUCUGAUUGCCUUCGUGUACGCCAUUAACCCUCUGCUCAUCUCUUGGAUGGGCUCCAACUGCGCUGGACAAACCAAGAAGGCCAUCUACUACACCUCUUUCAACGCCGGGAACUCUGUAGGCAACAUCAUCACACCAUAUAUCUUCGAUUCGAAGUUCCAACCGCAAUACGUAAACGCUCUCAAGGGCAUCUUGAUAAUCUGGUGCAUCCUCUGGGGAGUCGUUGUCGCUCAAGUCGUCCUCAUCACCUGGAUGCAGAAGAAGAAGUGCGAUCAGCGCGAGGCGGCUGGUCUUCCUAGGAACCCCAUCGAUUACUCGAUGAGCGGCCAUUUCCAUGAGGCAGGUGCUGAGGUCCACGGAGAGAACGGUCUGCAAGACAUGACAGACAAGGAGAACAUCUACUUCCAGUACUUGUUGUAG